AUGUCGAAGCAAGAUCCCGCUGAGCAAGUUCGCUUCCUUGUGUCCUGCAUUGGUCACACCACCAAUGGAAGACCUGAUUUUACUCUCGUCGCUGAAGAGCUUGGAAUCGUGUCCAAGGCCGCUGCCCAGAAGCGGUAUGAGCGAAUGCUCAAAGCCAAUGGAGUGAACGCCUCCAAGCCGGCCGCUAAAUCCAGCGCUGAUGAUGAAAACACCCCCGUUUCCACCCCGGUGAAGCGCAAGACUACUGGAGUUGCUAGAGGCAGCGCCCAAAAGAAGUCCAGGGCUGCCAAGAAGGAAGAAAGCGAUGACGAGAUGAAGGACACGAAGCCGACUCCCAAGGGCAGGGCUGCCAAAGCUCUCAAGAAGGAGCUUAAGAAGGAGCCCAAGAUGGAGCCAAAGGAAGAGUGCGACUCUUCUCUCUCUGAUGCUCCCGAUUCCGGCCGUUCUGACGCUGGCACAAGCUUUGACUCUGCCUAAUCCCUUGCAGCUCCGCUCUCCGGCUAUACUUUAAGUCAUGAUGAACAUUGUGAUACGAAGUUCGUUUCCUCGGAAGUAUAUAGGAAGCUCCGGAGAUUUGAGAGGAUGAGUACGUAGUUCGGGAUUUGGGAUAUGAAGCAGGGCAUUUGCCUGAACAUUUGAUUCAAUACGGACAUGCUAGGGAUAUUAGGUCUUCAAUUGAGAUGGCUAUCAU